UUUGCACCGCCAUUAAACACAGAAGCAGCGAGAAAAGAAACAUGGCGGCGGUGGAGUCUAGCAUUUCUGUUGAAGUUUGACUGAACGUCUCUCCGCUGUUUCUUUAACUGAACGGUGUGAGAUAUUUUCUCGCCGGCGUCAAGAAGUAGUUUUACUGCAAGAUGUUCGUGGCGAAGAGCAUCGCAGCGGAUCAUAAAGACCUGAUUCACGAUGUUUCUUAUGACUUUCACGGUCGGAGGAUGGCGACCUGCUCCAGUGAUCAGAGCGUCAAGGUCUGGGACAAAGGGGACGAUGGAGAGUGGCGUUGUACUGCUAGCUGGAAGACUCACAGUGGAUCCGUGUGGAGGGUGACAUGGGCGCAUCCUGAGUUUGGUCAGGUGUUGGCGUCUUGUUCCUUUGACCGCACUGCGGCUGUAUGGGAGGAGAUCGUAGGUGAAUCCAAUGACAAACAACGGGGACAAAGUCACUGGAUCAAGAGAACCACGCUGGUGGACAGCCGGACGUCCGUGACCGAUGUGAAGUUUGCGCCGAAGCACAUGGGCCUGAUGCUGACCACCUGCUCUGCAGACGGCGUGGUGCGCAUCUACGAGGCCCCUGACGUGAUGAACCUCAGCCAGUGGUCACUGCAGCACGAGAUCUCCUGCAAGCUCUCCUGCUCCUGCAUCUCCUGGAACCCCUCCAGUUCUCGAGCUCAUCCUCCAAUGAUAGCCGUGGGCAGGGACGACAGCAACGUCACAUACAGCGGCAAAGUGCAGAUCUAUGAGUAUAAUGAAAAUACAAGGAAGUAUGCCAAAGCAGAGACGUUGAUGACUGUGACUGACCCAGUACACGACAUCACCUUUGCUCCUAAUCUGGGGAGAUCCUUCCAUGUGCUGGCCAUAGCCACCAAAGACGUCCGCAUUUUCAAACUCGUACCUUUGAGGAGAGAGAGCGCCAACAGCUCUGGUCCCACUAAGUUUGAGGUGCAGGUGAUGGCUCAGUUUGACAGUCAUAACUCUCAGGUGUGGCGCGUGAGCUGGAACAUCACCAGCACUCUGCUGGCCUCCUCUGGAGACGACGGCUGUGUGCGGCUCUGGAAAGCUAAUUACAUGGACAACUGGAAGUGCACAGGGAUCCUGAGAGGAGACGGCAGCCCAGUGAACGGCUCUGGACAUGCUGCGCCUCUGAGCGCGGUGGGCGUCCCUGGAGCCGCUCAGAUGCUUGUUGGGGCCACUUCUGCUGGCAGAAAAAAAGCUCAGCUGAUGCCAGGCUAACAGCAUAACGUGCUGAUUGGCUGUUUGCUGCAUGCACAGGAUUGGACCGAGACCUCAUUGACCCUCCCCUGCACAGUGUGACACCUGAACACUAGUCUAGCUACUAAUCCGACAGAAGCGUGUGCUGACGGCAUGAUCGGUUGUGUGGCUGUUAGAGGAACUGUGCCUCUGUGUGUGUGUUGUGUUCAGUGGUACUUACCUGACUGAGCAUUUUUUUGUAUUAUUGAACAAAUGACACUAAACUUGAUUCCCAUCAGUACUGACAUGCUUGUUGUGAUAUGAUGCAGUAUUACUAAUUUUAAUACAUUUAGGUAAUUUUUCAUGAGUUUCAGACAUUAUUGUCUGCACUUGUCAGCAUUUGUAGAUGCAUUUAAAGGAACAGUGCACCAAAAAUCAAAAUUAUAUCGUUUACUCGCCUUCAAGAGUUCCAGAGCUUGUUUCUUCUGUGAAGUACAAAAGGAGAUGUUUUAAAACCCCUCAUUUAUCAAAAACCUAUUUGCAUUUGGAGCAACUUGAAGGUGGGUAAAUUUGGCAACUUUGGUUUCUGGGUGAACUAUUCCUUUAACUCCGGUUCCCAGAGAACACUCCACAUAUUUGUGCUGUUGUUUUGAAGCUGCUGGCAUGUGUUGUGUUGUGUGGACAGUAGAGGGAGACAGUAUCAUUCAGCCCAGUUUUGCCCAAAUUGCUCUGUCUCCAAAUAUCCCCUUGGAAUAACUAACACAUUACAUUUAAUUCAUUAGACUAACUGAAUUACCAGAUUUCAGUAACUCUUCUAUGAUGUAGGCACAGAUUGUUUUAAGCUUUUUGCUUUGCUAAAUCCUAGUAGUCAAUAAUGAAACAUUUGACAUGCCAAACAAUAUCUUUCUGGGUUAAUGAACUAUCACCAAAAGUUUGUGUCAAAAUUCAGGAUUUUGGUGCAUGAGUAAUGAACCAUAAAUCAAAGGCUGGAACCCGAUCAUUGAUGCCAUAUAUAUAUUGGGGAUCUUGAGAUGCUUGUUCUCCUUCAUGACAGGAGCUCAGCACAUUCUUUAUAGUGGUGCCACUUGAAAUGGGAAUUCAAAAGGAGAAAAUCUAAGCAGAUUUAGAAAUGAAUGCAACUUUUAUGAGUGUAUUUUUUCUCAAAUAAAGUUUGUUUUUCAGUUCUGAGUUAUGUAAUAAAAACCUCUCUGAGGUUUGUCUGAAUUGUGUUUGUUCUCAUUCAAGGAGACCUUGCAAGAGGAAUGUGUUGGUCUGAAAAGACCUUAAAAAAUAAAAAAUAAAAAUAAAACCUUAGCCUUUUUGUA